AUGAACCGCAGCGUGCGCCCUGAGAACGUCGAGUUCACCGUCAAGGCGGCCGAGGACCUGGUGCUGACGGGCCGGGAGCGCUCGAUCGUGCGCGUGGCGGCCAACAACAUGUACUCGUGCCUGAUGCAGAAGACGCAGCGCUUCUCGUCGCUCUUCCGCCACUACAGCAAGCACCACGGACUGCCGCGCGAGUCGCUCGACUUUUUCUUCACGAAUCGCCUGGACCCGGAGGAUUCGCCGGAGUCGGUGCAUCUGCAGAAGAAUGACAUCAUCCUGGUGCGGCGCAGAGUGGCGCCGACGACGCUGGCGAUCCCGAAUCACAGCGACGAGGCGUACUUCGCCACGAUGAGGGAGUUGUUCCUGAGUGGAGCUGACAGCGACAUUACACUGGAGGUCGGACCGGACAGAGAGAUCCUGCGCGCCCACCGGCUGAUCCUCACAACAAGGUGCGAGAUCUUCGAGGCCAUGUUCCGUCCAGGAGCGAUGAUGGAGAGCGAGGCUGGCGUCGUCCGGAUCGAGGACCACUCGCCCGAGAUGGUGUCCAAGAUGCUCGAGUUCAUUUACACCAACCGCGUGAUGGACAUGAGCAAACUCAACUCCAACCAACUCAUCGAUCUGUUGACGCUGUCGGAGCAGUAUCUGCUACUCCCACUGAAGCACCUUUGCGAGGUGGCAGCACAGGACGUGUUGUCCGUCGGAAACAUCGGCCGCUUCCUUUGCGCCGCAGAGAAGUUCAACGCUGCGUACUUGAAAGAGUACUGUCUCGCCUUCUUCAUGGACCACACAAACGAGAUCAUCGACGACGAAAACUUCCGCGAAGAGAUCGAGAGCUGCCCGUCGAUCGCACUGACCAUUUUGCGCGCAUCAACUCGCAACGUCGGGUCUUCAUUGGAGCCCGUGGCGAAGCGAAGACGACUCAAUAUGCCGUUCGACGACCCUGAAUACUGA